AUGCUAGGUACUGGCGAAUUAGGUAAAGCUUUAAAUGCUGAUCCAACUAAACUUUGUGUAAAUUUAAGAAUUCCUUAUAGCUUUAAUCAGAUUCCUAUCACACACGUUGGUGAUAGUGCAUUUACUUAUCAUCCUCGCCUAAAAACCAUUUAUUUCCCUAGUACAAUUAUAUAUCUAGGAUAUGAUUGCUUCGGAUAUAUUCCGAAUUUGGAAAGUGUUACUUUCGAAGAAAGAAAUGAUACUGCCCUUACAUUUGGACAGGGCGUAUUUGCAAAGACUAAAAUGAAGAUAAUAAGACUCCCUAGCAAAAUAGCAUCAUCAAGUUGGCAUGUUUUUAUGGAAUCUAAAAUUGAAAAAGUGAUUUAUUGCGGGAUGGCAAAAAUAAAUGGAGUAUGGUUUACAGGUUCCUCUGCUCCUAUAAUUUAUGUCCAUCCACUCUACCCAUAUGAUAGUUUUGCAAAUUACUCAAAUCUUGUUUUUACUGAUGAAUGCGGAAUAUUCAUGAAAUGCUUUUUACCUUCGGCACGCCAUGUUCCUAUUUCAUUUUUCAGGCUCUCUAUGCCUUUACUUGUUAUAAUAUUUGUCUAA